AUGAAGUGGUUUGCAUCGAACUCAGUGUUCGACUCUGUUAGGCCAGUUUAUCGUGCUGGGAAGGCUAUAGGGAUUUUCACACACACCAUCGACUUUCGCCAGCAUGUAAUAAGCAAAAGUUCAUACGACCAGGUGUUGCUGGUGGUGGCCAUCCUAAUGGACCUGUACGCACUAACCAUAUCAACCCAAAGGACGUACAGCUUCUCCGAUUCGAUUCUGCUGAACGUGGGCAUCUAUAGUUCCGUCAAUUUGGGCAUUAUCAUCUCACUGAGCAUUUCGAUAUGCAACCGACUCGUUGUGCGUCGAAUGUUUGGAAUGUUUGAGACCCUGCACCAUGUGGACAAUGCUCUGAUGAGUUUCGGUUUUCCAUUGAACCAUCAGAUGAAUCAUCUUCUUAGCUGCAUUUAUAUGACAGUUCCGAUAGUUACAAAUAUUUUGUUGAUGUUGUCCACCUUCUUUGUUUCGUGUGAUCCAACAUCGCAACAGUUUAGUGCAAUGGAAAUAGUGGUUUUUCUUCGAUCGUCGCUUGUAUUCACAAUCUUUGGAUCGUACAUUUGCAUGACGCUCACUACAAUUUAUAUGCGAUUUCGUAGUCUGAACAAAUUAGUAUGCAAACAAUUUCCAACUUCACUAGUGGAUGAUCCACACAAAACGAACCUGCAAAAAGCGACAUCAACUGUUGAUACCGUGCGCCGGUUGGGAGACAUGCAUGAAAAACUUGGUGAUGCCAUAAUUGACUUUAACUUUUGCUUUGCGCUUCAAAUACUUUUAAUGAUGGCGUCCGCGUUCGGUUACACACUUUUUUCAAUUUUCGGUAUUAUUCAUAAAUUAUCGCACCCGGAAGUGGAUGAAACGCAUCAAGUGUCCAUCAACAACAUGGUGUACGGUUGUAUCUACUUAUCAUUCAUCGUACAAGUUGUCGUGGCGGGUAGUUUAACAACACAGCAGUGCAAAAGAACUGCAAUUUUCGUUCAUAAAGCCAUCUGCUAUGGUUGUUACGAGCAGACGGUACUUAGGCAACUUAAAUUCCUUUCACAUCAAUUACGAUGCAACACACCGAAAGUGUCCUGUUUACUGUUUGACUUUGAGUGGCCAUUUUUAAUUGCGGUGGCAGCUUCACUCUUUAUGCAUGUUAUCAUUCUUGUUCAAUUUGAUUUGUCAAUCAUAGCCAAUAAAGUGUAA